AUGAAUCAAGAAUUAAUGCCAAUUCCGCGGGAUUUUCUUUGUCCUAUAACUCGAGAAAUUAUGCAGAAUCCCGUCGUGCUCAUCGAAGAUGGUCGUUCGUAUGAAUUAUCUGCUAUUGAGGCAUGGCUACGUGAUCACAAUUCGUCACCUAUGACGAAUCAAACAUUGACUGACCGCCGUUGGAUACAUAAUUACAAUCUAAAAAGUGCCAUAGAAGAAUACUGUUCUCAGCGACAAGCAAUUGCGUCAUUAAAUCAAUUUCUAGCAUUCAAUGUUUGUUCUGGUCGCAUCCCAAGCGAAUGGGAAGAUAAACCAACGCUUAAAAUUCGGAUUAGUCUGUUGGGCGGUUCAAAUGUUGGUAAAAGCACCAUCGCCCGUUAUCUUCAGUAUGGCGAGAAAACGAACUUCAUACGUUUGAAUACGACGACAACUGUCGGACAUGAUCUGAUCUUUUUCUAUUUGGACCAACUGUUCGAGAACAAAUAUGUCAUUACUGUUCAGCUAACGGACAUUCCAGGGAUGGAACGAUAUGAAUCCUGUUGUGAUAAUCAUUUUCGUACAUGCCAUGGCGCACUUCUCGUGGCCGAUUCCACAGAUAUAGAUACAUUAGAACGAAUCGAACUUUAUUGGUAUAAACAGUUACACCUGAAAGGAAAGGAUGAUGUGGAACCAACGCUUAUUUGCAAUAAAUCUGAUUUAUUUCAAGAAAAUUGUGAUGAUGAAUAUAGACGAAUAUUUCUCGCCAACGCGGAACAUUUUGCAUCGUUGCACAGUAUGGCUAUUUGUUAUACAUCAGCAUUGCGUGGUGAUAAUAUUCGAGUUAUGUUUAAACAAUUGAUCUUACGCGUUCUGCACAGUAAGACUCUACUAAAACAAAUAAAAGCAGAUGAUAAUGUAUACGAUACAGCAUCUGUUCAUCUUUCCGAUCGUCUCUCAUCAUCAUCUCGAGAAACGAACAUUUUUAAAACUUCAUCUAUAAACUGUUGUUGA